AUGACUAGCAAAGAUGUUGCAGUAACAGAAUCAAAACGAAAAAAAAGAACAAAAUCACCGAUUUCUUCACGAUCAGCAAGUAAGGAAAGCAGCAAUGAAUCUGAUAAAAAUGAUUCAGAUGAAAUUAAACCACAAGAUCCAAUUAAAAAUGUGAAGAAGCAGAUUUCUCCUAAACGCGAUACCAGUUCAUAUGAAAGUGACAACGACCUCAGUGAAGAUGACAAUGAACCAUCUAUUCUAUCUACAAAGAAAGUGUCAAUUACAAUAAAAGAUAAAUCAGAUUCUAUUCCAAAUAAUAUUUCAACUAAAAGAACUUCAUUGAAUUGGAGAUAUUUAUUUAUCUUUGGUAUUAUUAUAGCCAUCAUUCUAAGUGUUCUAUUAUCAAAUGAAAACUCGAAUAUAUUUUCAAAUGAUAAUAAUUGGCGUUUAAAAGUUGAUCCUAACAAUACACUUUCUAAAAAUCAACAAUAUACAGUACGUGCAUCAUUAAAAUCUAUCCUUGAUAAAUCUUCUGCAAAAAUAGAAAAUGAAGAAGAUAGUGUAUCGACUUUAUUAAUUUUAUCAUCCAAUGAAGAAUAUGCUGCAAAACUUGCUCGUUGUAUUUUAAGACUAGUCAAUACUGAAAUGUAUAAAGAUAAGAUAUCGACAGAAAUUAAUCUUCAAUUACAUCGUGGUGGUAAACUUCAAUUAGAUUCAAAUUUAAAAUCUUUACUUAGUACUGGUGGUGCUAUACGAGCUGUUCUAUUACGUCAUAUUGAUGAUAAUUCAUCAAAUGAUGCAUUUGAAAGACUUCGUCUUUUAUUUGCUUAUUGUGAUGGUGAAAAUCCUGUGAUUCCACAUCGUUUAAUUAUUAUGACAGCUUCUAGUAAUAGUAUAGAUGAAACUGAAUUACGUGAAAAAUUUAAAAUUCGUUGGCCAAAAGAGCAUGAUUUUAUUGAUGCACUUAUGUCUCGUAUCAGUGGACACACACUUUAUGUUGAUAAUGAUCAAAAAUCGAUUUGUUAA